AUGGAUGACGCCUCGGCGCUGGAUUACAAAUUGCUCUCCCCGGGGCAGGCGGAGCCUGUCCCCAACGCCCUCGGGAUGGACGCAGAGCAAAAGACGGUCUUUGCCUUUGUCAUCUUUUUGCUGGUCUUCUUGGUGAUGCUGAUGGUGCGUUGUUUCCGGAUCCUCCUCGACCCGUACAGCCGGAUGCCGGCCUCGUCCUGGACCGACCACAAGGAGGGGCUGGAGAGAGGCCAGUUUGAUUACGCUCUGGUGUAGC